GUAAUUCAUGCGCCCGUGCGACCAAGUGUGAAUGCUAGUGUAAACGGUUGUGUUAGAUCCUGUUAAUAAUUUUUCCAAUUACACUAAAAAAAUAGAAACAUCAAUGUAUCUUUCUUGAUAAAUAAAAACGUAAAGAUGUCAGGUGAAGAAUAUGACACUGAAAUGGAUUACUCUGACUCAGACUGCGGAGAUCCAGGCUAUGAAGAUUAUUAUAAUGUUCAACCAUGGGAUGGUGAAGGUGAUAAUGAUAUAGAGUCUGAUCAAAGCAGGAGAGAUCCAGAAUAUGCUGUAUAUGAUUGUUUAAGAAUUGAAGAAGUGGAGAGACUUUUAAAUGAAGAUGUAGAAGUGUUAAGUAAUAGUCUUCACAUAACACCAUCCUUAGCCAAAGUUUUAUUACACGCGCACAAUUGGGCAUUACAAGAUAUUGUCACCAAGUACCGUACCAAUGCUUCCAGUUUGUUAAUUAAUUCAAAAAUAAAACCAUUAUCUCUAUUGGAUUCAGUGCCCGGGGUGAAAAGUCAAAGAGGUGGAUUGUGUUCAGUUUGUGUUACAAUUUAUUCUGUUGAUAAAUUUGCUACAUUAACAUGUGGACAUUCUUUCUGCAAAGACUGUUGGUGUAUGCAUUUUGAAGUACAAAUAACUCAAGGUAUUUCUACAGGAAUAAGCUGUAUGGCACAGGAUUGUAAUGUCCUUGCUCCUGAAGACUUUGUUUUAUCUUUACUUACUAAGCCUAACAUGAGGGAAAGGUAUCAACAAUUUGCUUUUUGUGAUUAUGUGAAAUCUCAUCCACAAUUAAGAUUCUGUCCAGGCCCCAAUUGCCAAAUGGUUAUGCACUCAAAGGAACAACGAGCAAAAAGAGUGAUGUGUUCAUCGUGUAAAAGUAUAUUUUGUUUUCGAUGUGGUACCGAUUACCACGCACCUACUGAUUGUAAUACCAUUAAGAAGUGGCUGAUAAAAUGUGCAGAUGAUUCAGAAACAGCUAAUUACAUUAGUGCUCAUACCAAAGAUUGCCCGAAAUGUCAUAUUUGCAUAGAAAAAAAUGGUGGUUGCAAUCACAUGCAAUGUUAUAAUUGUAAGUAUGAUUUUUGUUGGAUAUGCCUCGGAGAUUGGAGAACACACGGAAGUGAAUAUUACGAAUGUUCACGUUAUAAGGAAAAUCCUAACAUCGCUCAUGAGAGUGUUUUAGCACAAGCGCGAGAAGCUCUUAAAAAAUAUCUUCAUUAUUAUGAAAGGUGGGAAAAUCAUAGUAAAUCGUUAAAAUUGGAAGAGCAAACUCUCGAAGCGAUAAAGAUGCGGAUAAAUAAAAAAGUGAUGAAUUCUAGUGGAACCUGGAUUGAUUGGCAACAUUUAUUUGCAGCAGCGUCGCUUUUAGCACGCUGUCGUUAUACUUUACAAUACACGUAUCCUUACGCUUACUAUAUGGAACCUGGACCGCGUAAAGAAUUGUUUGAAUAUCAACAAGCUCAACUGGAAGCUGAAAUAGAAAAUCUUUCUUGGAAAAUUGAACAUGCAGAAACAACAGAUCGUGGAGACCUGGAGAACCAAAUGGACAUCGCUGAAAAGCGUCGCGUUACAUUGCUAAAGGACUUCCUUGAGUCAGGCCAAACUUACGAAGCAGCUAUAGCUUAGAUUCCCAAGAGGUAAUAUUUUCUACAUGGUACAUACACGUUAAUUAUUUUCCGUUAAGGAAAGUUCGAAACAGUGUAGAAUACUUUCGGUUGACAUUGUUUUAGAGAAGUAGAAAGAUGAAAUUUAUAAGAUUAUAUGUUUAGUUAUGAUUAAUUUUAGGUUACUGAAAUAAUUUCAGGCGUAUCUCCUGAAUUAAAUUAUUUUUAAAUGGUACAUUUUAUCGAGUAACAAUUCUUGUUUAUUUCCACUAAAAGAAGUCAAAUUUAGAGAGAUGGAAAAAUAAAACCGCUAUAUUCCCGAUGCUUUAAAUGAGCUUCAAUCGGUUGAACUGUUUAUGUAAUUGUACAUAAACGAAGAAUUAUGUAGGCACAUUAAUAGGAGAAAGAAUAUCAGUAAGAAAAAAAGAAUAGGAAAGUAUUAAUUGUAUUGACUGAUUGUUAAAAUUUGAAAUAGAAUGUAUAUUAAUUUCUUAGUCUAAGAAUAUUUCCAUGAAUAUUAUAUAAUUACAAUGCUUUCUCCAAAAUUUAUGUUUAAGAACUAUUUUUAUUGAUGCUUAUCGCAAAAUCCAGAGAUAAUACAGUAAGAAAUAACUUAUCAAAUGACUUUAAAUGUAACAUUUGUUUAAUCUCUUUCCAAUUAUUGUUACUAUGAAGAAAAAUAUUUUAGUAUCAAUGAUCGACUAAAUAAAAAGAAAUCAGGUAGCCUAACGAAUAAUUGAGUGUCGAUAAAUGGCACCUUCCGCCGUGUAAAUAUUGUAGUAAUGUAAAAGAAUGUGACAUUUUCUAUAAUUAGGUAUAAGGUGCAUGCAACGAUCAAAGACAUUCACAGAAAUCUAGCCAUAACUGAACUUAAAUUUUUUUCAACUAUUUAUACACGAUACAUUAGACUAUAUAGAUAAUUUUCUGCGAAAUAAUGAUUGUUUAAAUCAUGUUUAAAGAUAACGAUCAUUAUAUAAAAGAAAUGUAACAACUACUAUGUCACUGACUGAGAGAAAUAAAUUUUAUUGCAUCGAUGAUA